UACAUAAUACAAAACAAACGACAAAGCCCAAAAUAUACGAUCCGUAAAUGACAUUUUAAACGCACGAGAGAAGGUGCUGUGCUGAUGUGUCACGAUUUGCCCCUCCUUUCUUGCUGACGUGGACGCAGGAGGAGGAGAAGAGAGGCAAGUCUCCUUUGUUACGUAAGAUUACAGAAACAAAUUCAUGACUAUCGGAAACAUAUCGAAACUUCUGAGGGUUUAUUUAACAAUGACACUUCCAAAACCAGAAAUGUCUACUUUUUUUGUUUGAAUAUUGAAAGUGGCCACAUAUAACCUGGCAAUGAAUAUGAUUCGGUUCGGUUUACACUGUACAACUUACCAAAUCCCCUCUUUCUUUCUGACAGAUCUCUUCUUGAAGAUCCCACCCACAAGUAAGAUAACUGUUUCGUUUCGCUGUGUUUGUUCUCAGAUUUUAUGGGUUUCCUUCGUGCAUUUUCGGUGAUGGGUUAUGAGAAAGAUUCCUCCUUUUGGUCUGUGUAGGUAGGUGAAUUGGGGUUAAAGAUGCAAGUGAAAAUGGGGAAGGAGAAGGAGAGAGGUAGACCAGAGAAGUUGUCUGUUUACCUUUAUAUACCUAACAUUGUUGGGUACAUGAGAGUUGUCUUGAACUGUGUUGCCUGUUUUGCUGUGUGUUUCUCCAACAAAACACUCUUCUCCCUCCUUUAUUUCUUCAGCUUUUGUUGUGAUGCUGUGGAUGGCUGGUGCGCUCGUGUAUUUAACCAAGUUUCAACUUUUGGAGCUGUUCUCGACAUGGUCACAGAUAGAGUUAGCACAGCUUGUCUACUCGUGAUUCUAUCUCAAGUCUACCGGCCUAGCUUGGUCUUCCUUUCAUUGCUUGCUUUGGAUAUUGCUAGUCAUUGGCUUCAGAUGUACAGUACGUUUCUAGCAGCCAUAAGGAUGUGAAAGACAGCACCAGCUGGCUUUUCAGACUCUACUAUGGAAACCGGAUCUUCAUGUGUUACUGCUGUGUUUCUUGCGAGGUUCUGUAUAUCAUCCUUCUUCUCAUUGCAAAUAACCAAACCGAAAAUCUCCUCAAUGUCGUAGUUGGUCGAUGAAACAGACCGUCAAUAUCAUUCAGAUGAAAACAGCUUCAGAUGUAUGUGUUCUGUAUGAUAUAGAGAAGCACCACAAGAAGCCGUAGAUCUUCCUUCCUUUUUCUGAACCUGCAACUCUUUGUAGAAAUUAUAACCUUAUGUUU